AUGGCUACGUAUGAUCACAUUAUGAGCUCACUGCAGGAUCACGUCGACUCCCUUACCACACUGUCUGCAAAUAUCACCCAAGCAGUUGCUGAAGACCCGACAAUUCCCAUGGAUUCGUUCGAGACCGAGAUUGCGCUCAUUGAGACGAAGUUUCAGGCUGUCCAGCGGGCCGUGACGCAGGCUCUAGGUGGAAAUAGCAUGAAUACAGAUGAAUUAUGCACGUUAAACUACAAGUAUAUGGAGUGCAACAAGAAGUUAAAAGACAUCCGAAAGUUCAUAGCAGAGCACGAAAAGGAGGGACUUUUGACCACAGACAACGAUGAUUUAAAGGAUCUUUCUCCGGAGGAUCUCAACACAGGAGGACCGGAGCCUACGAAACCGUACAGACAGGUUCACAUAUCCGCCGCGGCCCCAGUACCAAACUUUCUUGCCCCACCAGCAACUGGCCAUUCAGGUGGAGGUGCCCUAGUAAUCCCUCCUCAAACGUCCCCGUCCAUCGCUAAGUUGCAAUCUGCUGCCUCUAUUAAUAAGGGGUCUUACAACUCUCUCUUGGCUGUCUCUAACAUAGGUGACAAGGGAGCUAAUGUCUUGCUCCCCUCUGAUGGUACUGAACUGUCCAUGCGUACCAGUUCACCAUCUGGUGUCCUUCGUAAGAGUUCUAACCCUGAACAGUACAAAAAACACGCAGAAGAGCUUAACAGAGGCAUCAAUAAGCUUCGUUCAAACCUCAUAGCACUCAAUCGAGCAGCUAAUGAGCCAGAGACAAUCACAGAGGCUCUGACGGGCGUCAAUCUGCAAGACGCUCGACUGGCCAGAGAUAACAAGAAGCCCGUAUCUGGGUCGGAGAGCGUGGCACAAAUCACGGCCAAUUUACGACGAGAAAACAUCUCUCUCAAGGAGGAGCUGACAACGCUGAAGACACGCACAAAGCAGCAAGAAGAUGAGAUAGCAUCCCUCAAGAAGGCACUCUCCACGCAAACGAAGCUAUCGGAAAAGCAGUCUGAUGACAUAGACAUCCUUCAGGCUUCACUAGAUAGAGUCACAGAAGAGCGCCAGUCGUUAUCUGCUACAUUGAAAGAGAAAAUGCGCGCACUCGGAGACCUGCGCAAACAGCUAGACACUAUAAGUGAUCAGAACAAGGAGUUGACCGAAUUGUUGGAGGUGGAGCGCAAUGAUCGAAAUGUGGCCAUCUCAGAACUGCGCGCAGAGCUGGGUCACUAUAAAGCAGAGAACGAUACCCUUAAGAGUAGACUCAAGACCCUAGACGAACUAAAUGUAGAAGGCAACGUGCUUGAGCUGGAGCGAGUCACUGCCGACAUCGAAGACAUGCAGACUAUGGUUAAGCAAUUGAAGAAGCAAAAGGCAGAUAUGGCCAAUAGAUUUGCGCGUGAGAAGGAGCUUCUCCAAGAGAACAUCGAUGUUUUAGAAGCGCAGCUUGCCUCAGGUUACUUAGAAUCGGAGAAGGGCGCUCCGUCCCACGCUGAAAUCGUCAUGCUGGAGCAAGAGGUGGUCAAGCGCGACAUUGAAAUUAAGCGUCUCCGUAAUCUGGUUGCUAAGGCCAUGAGUGACAAGGAUGAAGCAAUGGCUCUUCUGGGUCUUGGAGCCGGUGACACUACAGACGAACGUACAGAUGAGACUGACACAGACAGCGCGAGCUUUAGGAUGCUUGAGCCUAGGUCCGGGUUUUCUACUGUGCCGCCUGGGCCAUACCCUGUUGGCCGUCAGAGCUUUCUUUCUAGUCUACCACAGGCUCCGCCCCAGCCCCUCCAACCAGAUGCGGGCAGAGCUCCCAGUACUCUUUCUAUGUUACUAUCCCAGAAGGCUGGCCCUUCCUUCGGUGUUUCCACGGGUCAGCUGGGACGAGUGGGUGGGUCUGAGGGGCAUCCAACAGGGAGAAAUGCCAGUUUACAUGAUGAUUCCACUGUGUCCGGAGCUAACGAAAUCGAGGACGAUGACCUCGAUGUGGCUGCUCUUGUCAGGAAGAAGCGUGAUAAGAGACUAUCAGUAACAAAUGCCCCCAAGUGA